AUGGCCGGACCACCUGUACGAGAGCGGUAUAACUCCAGAGCUCGAGGGUCAGUUGCUGGAGGGUCAAGUCACAAGAAACGGAAGAGAGUGAAGUCACAAGAUGAGAUAGAAAAUGCCGUUGAAGGAGGUGGGGAAAUACAGGAAGUGAAGGAAGAUGCUAUGGCUGGAAUGUCAUCGAAGAAGAGGAAGAGAUUUGAAUCAUAUAUGGCUAAGAAAUUAAAAUCUGAACAAAGGCUAGAAACCAUCAAACUCCUUCAAUCACUAGCACCUUCAGCCCCAACCUCAGCCAAUCUAUUCUCAACCUCUACUCUGGGACAGAAUCCUUUAAAUCCUACUAGUGCUCAAGAUCGACAUGAUAAGAAAGAAGAUAAACUAGUGCGUCAAGGUAUAAAUAAAUUGACGAAAAAGUAUGGUGAAGAUGAGGGAAACAGUUCAAGCGAAGACGACAAAGGGAAGACUAAGAAAGGUAAAAAUAAAGAAAGGACGAUAGAGAUUGUGAAAGAAGAAGAAGGAAUGGAAGAUGAAGAAGAUGUUAAAACUACGAUAUUACCAAGUAAAAAAGAUAUCAAAGCUCAAACAAAGGUGAAAGGAAAUGGCAAAAUGCCAAAAAAAGCAAAUUGGAAUCCUAAUCUAUUACCUACACAACCAACUUCUUCGUCUUCCUCAGAAUUCGAUUCAUCGGAUUCAGCAAAUGAUUCCUCCGAAGAUGAGUCUAUCCAUCCUGAAGCUGGUCCCUCCUCUCUUCGUGCGACGUCUUCAGUCAAAGAACCUUCUCCGAUCAAAGAUAAGCCGAAACCACUCCCUGCCCCCCAUUCGUUCGGUGGAGCGCUGAAGAAAGCCGUUGGCGGUGAACCAUCACAGCCAAGAGUGGAAAUACGAAAGAAAAAGCCCAUAAUAGAUUACAGGUUUUCGAGAGGAAAUAGAGAGCUGGAAGGUGGUUCUGAAGAUGAGGAUGAAGAUGACGACGAAGACGAGGAUGAAGAUGAGGACAUGGACAUGGACGAGGACGAGGAAGAAUUUUCCGAAGAGGUAGAGUCAGACCAAGAUGAAGAUGGGUCAGAAAGUGAGGAGGAAGCUAGCGGAUCUGAUGAAUCUGACGAGUCUGACGAAGCAGAACCUGCAUCAAGAACGUUCCCGAAGAAAAGAGCACUGGGCUUCAAAGAUUGGGCUUUGAAGCAAAUGGGUGGGGCUGCACCGACACCUACACCGAACUUGUUAGAGGAAGAAGGUUCGGAUAACAAAGUGAAAGCUCCGAUUCGACAGGUAGCGAAAACAGGUGAAUUUGUAGGACCACUUGGUGAAGAAAUGAACGUCCCUUCGAUAUCUCUUUUGGAUCAAAGUAAAGACAGCGAAAAAGCUAAAAUUCGACCAACAAUCAAACGAAGAGAUUCUGUAGCCGAAUCACGAAUGGAAUUGCCCAUCUUAGCUGAAGAACAGUCCAUCAUCGAGUCGAUCCUCAUGCACCCUGUAGUAAUCAUAUGUGGUGAGACAGGUAGUGGUAAGACUACUCAAGUACCUCAAAUGCUGUAUGAGGCAGGAUUUGGCUACAAAGGAUCUGAUAAUCCCGGUAUGAUUGCUGUUACUCAGCCACGACGAGUCGCUGCUGUAUCUCUAGCAGAGAGAGUUCGAUCAGAACUAAAUCUUCCUGCCAAAUCUAGCGUAGUUGCCCAUCAAAUUCGGUAUUCGUCAACAACAUCAUCGAGUACAUCUAUCAAAUUCAUGACAGACGGUGUACUUUUACGAGAAUUAGCAUCUGACUUUCUGCUUAGUCGGUACAGUGUUGUGGUGGUCGACGAGGCACAUGAGCGAGGUGUAAAUACCGAUGUCCUGGUUGGUGUACUCAGUCGAGUCGCCAAAUUAAGAGAAAAAUUGUGGCGUGAAGGAAAACAAGAUGUUAAACCAUUAAGAAUAGUCAUCAUGUCAGCUACCUUGAGAGUAUCAGAUUUUGCCGAAAACUCAACGUUGUUUGCUAAACCUCCUCCCGUCUUGCAUAUCACAGCCAGACAACAUCCUGUCACAAUACACUUUAGUCGAAAAACGCUCGGUGAUUAUGUUACCGAAGCAUACAAGAAAGUAUGUAAGAUUCACGCUAGAUUACCUCCAGGAGGGAUAUUGGUGUUCAUGACCGGACAAAAUGAAAUCCAAGGUUUAUGCAGGAAGUUGGAUAAGCAGUAUGGCAAAAAUAGAGGUAAAUCAGGUGGACAAUCUCAUUUCAAAAGUCAAAGAGCAGAAGUGUCAUUACCAAUUGAAGAACGAGAAGCCGAAGAUGUAGAACUGGGUGGCGAUCAUGACUUGGCAGCUGAUGUGGACGACGGUAACGCUGAGAGUGAUCCAGAAGCCUUGGACACUGAUGAUGAGGACAUUGAAGGAAUAGAAGGACUUGAAAUAGACGAGGCUACGGAUGCGCCAAUGCACGUCCUCCCACUCUAUUCUCUUCUAUCGAACGAGCAACAAAUGCAAGUGUUCAAGCCACCACCUGAAGGCCAUAGACUUGUGAUCAUAUCCACUAAUGUCGCGGAAACGUCUUUGACCAUCCCUGGUAUACGAUAUGUCGUUGAUUCUGGUCGAGCGAAAGAAAGGCAUUAUGAUCCUUCAACUGGAGUUCAAUCAUUCCAAGUGUCAUGGAUUUCCAAGGCUUCUUCAUCACAGCGAGCAGGAAGAGCGGGACGUACUGGACCCGGUCAUUGUUACCGGUUAUAUUCAUCAGCGAUAUACGAAGACCAUUUCGAACAAUUUUCAAAACCUGAAAUAUUACGAAUGCCAAUUGAAGGAGUCGUUCUCACGAUGAAAAGUAUGAAUAUCGACCAAGUUAUAAAUUUCCCUUUCCCUACUCCACCAGACAGGAUCUCAUUGAGAAAAGCCGAAACUCUUUUGACUCAUUUAGGUGCAUUAGAAUUACCCACAAUAACAAAGAUGAUUAAUGGCAUAUCCAAAUUGGGCAAUGAAGGUGGUAAAAUAACGGAUCUGGGUAAACAAAUGUCUGGAUAUCCAGUUACACCUAGAUUUGCUAAAAUGUUAGUUAUUGGUCAACAACAUGAUUGUUUACCUUUCAUAAUAGCUAUAGUGGCUGGAUUGAGUGUCGGAGAUCCAUUCAUUCAUGAAUCGGCUAUUGAAAUCGAUGAAGAAGAAGAUGAUAGUGCGGAAUUAUCACAUAUAAGGAGUAAAGAUGUGAAAGAGAAGGAGGAGAGGAAAGAGACCAGAAGGAGAUAUUUCAAAGCUCAGCAGCAAUUCACGGCUCUGGGAGGAGGAACAAGUGACAUGUUCAAACUCCUAUCUGCAAUUGGAGCAUAUGAGUUCGAUCCGUCGGCAACAUUUUGCCCAAAAAACUUCCUCCGUGCCAAGGCCAUGCAAGAGAUACACCAGCUACGAAGUCAGAUUUCAACCAUCGCAAAGGUACCGUUAGGCAAAUUAUUGCCACCUAACGCUACUCAACUCAAAGUGUUACGUCAGAUCCUAACAGCAGGAUUUAUCGACCAGGUCGCGGUUCGAGAAGACCUUGUAUUAAAAAAGGGAGUCACAUACGAAUCGACUCGUGGAGUCAUUUACAGGGCAGUCGGAUUGAAUUCUGAACCUAUAUAUAUUCAUCCUUCUUCCUCGUUAUUCCAUCAAUCACCACCUGAUUUCCUCGUUUUCUCUGAAUUAACCAGAAACAGUUCAAACAAAACUUGGAUUAAAGGUUUAACUAAAAUCAAUCCUACAUGGUUGACUACAUUAGGAAAAGGAUUAUGUUCAUUUUCAAAACCUAUCGAAAUGCCUAAAACGAAAUCGACCAUCAUCACAACGAAGAAUAAAAGUGGAGUUGAAGAAAGAGAAGUUUACGUCACUCCUCAUUUCAAAGAUCUAGGUGUUGAUUUACCGAUCAUGAAAAUGAAACAGAGGAAAGAAGGACCAAGGUGGAUUCUGGUAGAAUAA